AUGUUUGCUUCAUUUAUAAUAAUCGCAUUUCUGCUACAAACCAGUUCUAUCACUGCUGAACAAUCAUGCUCGUUUUGUCCUGCCGGUAGUCAAAUUCGAUUGGAUGAGAUUUACCAAGCUUUUUUUAAAGCGGAUAUUAUUCCCGAUGUCAUUCCUACUUUCAUACCUACUACGUAUCUAGAUUUACAAUUUCAACCAUUGAAUGGUAAAUCCAUUAAUGUUACACUUGGUAAUGAAAUAAGUACGCUACAGACACUGGUAUUAAGCGGACCUAGUUUCUAUUUUGGACAAGAAGUCGACUAUCUCAAUGCCAAAUAUACAUUAAUCAUGUUCGAUCCCGAUCCACCAAAUCCAAAACUGAAUAUCUUGAGCUCAAUUUUACAUUGGAUCGUUCACGAUGUAUUACCGUGUAAUUCAACUAAUCCUCGAGCACCACUCGAUUUACCACCAAAUACCAUGUAUGCUCAACCAACGCCUUUGUCAUUUGCACCACAUCGGUAUACAUUCCUUCUUUGUAGACAACCAACUAAUCCAGUAUAUGAUUUUCAGUUUCAAACGGUGGGAAUUACUGGUAAUAUGCGACCCCUCUUUAAUAUAAAACAGUAUCUAAUGAAAAGUAACUUAACAGUUGUUAGUGGAAAUUUCUUUUUACAGGGUCUCAAUUCUGUUGUGUAA